GUGACUGCAUGCUUUGUGUAUGCUCCAUUCGCUGAUCGUGCCCGACGUUAAAUCCUUAAAUUGAUAGCAACUCGUACACAAUGAAAGCCAUUUACAAUCGGCGGUUCUAACUCGAGUCGCUCUCUGUCGGUUAUGAAAUGGCCUCGGCGGAUUCCUCGUCCCCGGGCGCGGUGCGAGCUCGCGAUCACGGUUUACCGCAUUGCGGAAUCCGCAGCAUCCGCAAGGGUCUUUUCCCGGGACCUGGCAGGACCGUUUCAAAAUUCAACGCGCUCACUAGGUCCCUUGGUAUCGUCAUGCGACUGAACCGAUACGCGUCGGAUAGUGUACACCGCAUCAGCCAAAGAAUCGUUCGCCGCAUGGGUGCCUGGGUUGACGAUCGCUUCGAGGAGGCGGAGGAGGCCGUGAGAACCCGAUUCUCCAGGAGGACCGGAAGAGUCCUUCGGGACGUCUGCGAUGGUGGCGGUGCUCGCUUCCCGGUUACGUCGUCGCUGCUACCGCUUCGCCGUCAGUUCUCCAGGCAGCUUUACGAGUGGCCAGUUUUACCGUUGUUCAAAUCAAGGACGAAACUAGUCGGUGAGACAGUAGCUCGGCCCAGGACCCUCGUUCUCUAAGUUCUUCCUUGCCUUUCCGUUCCUCGA